AUGUGCGACGAAUCACGUGAUGACCAACGCGUGGAUCAACUGAACGGCAGUCGCACUCAACACUUGGAUGACGACGAAGAGCCAGACGACGGCUCGGAUACAGAGGAGGACGACGACGAGGAAGAGGACAAGGAGUCCGGAGCCGAAGGGGACGACCCGUCGGAUGACGAGGAGGGAGAGGAGGACGAGGAGUCGGAUGACACCGAUUCCGAUGAGACUGACGAUGAGGAGGACGUGUUGGGCACCACUGUGUCGGCGUCGGCCGCCAGUGAUGAGCCAAAUGGUGUAGACAGUGAUGUGGGCAGCGAUGGGUCGGCGCCGACGUGUUAUAUAUGUUUGAAUGCGUUCGCCGGUCAAGACAUCGGGAGUCCGGACUCGUGUCAGGAUCUGCACUACUUUUGCCUCGAAUGCAUUGAGGAGUGGAGUAAACAAAUCAAUACCUGUCCCGUCGAUAGGAAGCGGUUUACUAUAAUUUACGUUCGCCGGGAAGUGACCGGUGCUGUCGUCAUGAAGAUACCGAUCGUGCGGAAUGUGGUGCCGGACGCGGACGCCGUACCUGAUGACGUGACAUACUGUGAGAUCUGUGGGCGCUGUGACCGCGAGGACCGACUCUUGCUAUGCGAUGGCUGCGACUUUGGCUAUCACUGCGAAUGCCUGACCCCUCCCAUAAACACCAUACCUAUCGAGGAGUGGUUUUGUCCGGACUGUUAUCAGCGUCUGUUUGGCGAUACAAGUGAUCCAUUGGCCGAACGCCGACGUCAGAGGCGUGCCAUCGCCCGCACCGGAGCCUCAGAAGCAGUCAGACAGCGAAUACUGCAGCGCCGACAGCCGAGCUCUACGGCGCCGAUCGUACAGCGAAGGCCCAAACCGGCGACCCCUCGGCGGCGGAAGCGCCGGUCGACCAAACGGAAGCGUAAAACAACUAAACGCAAGACGACGAAGGCCUCAAAGACUACAGCGACUGGCCGUAGGAAACGGCGCUCCAAAAAGCGACGUAAGAAACGCAGGACUAAAAAGUCGGCCUUCGCUUCGAGACGCUUACCGGCGCCGCCAGACGCGAGAACUCGUAUUGCCUCUAAAUUAGGUAUAGGACCGGCGCCUAAAUCACCAUUUGGUUUGCCGUCGAUGAAGAACAUGGCCUACGAGUCCAUACGUAAGAUAACUGACUUGAGAGCGGCGGCCGGCAUAUCGCAUCUGUCGAUGUUUGGCGCCGAACUCGACACGUAUGACCCGCGGGUCUUAAUCAACGACGACGACGCCUAUGACAACGACUUAUUAGCGAACGGAGCCGUCGGUGUUAUGGCUCGCACUCGACUGCCCGCCAACCGAUUCAUAUCGACUCCUCUAAAGCAACACAAACCCCUUUUGGACGAUAACAUUGUGCCGAACGGCCAGUCAGUGGACUUACUGUCGACGAUCAUGUCUUCGCAAACAUUACUGCACUCGUCGUCCAGAGAUGUACACAUCGGUAGAGACGGUUCCCUCCAUCGUCUUAAUCGGCAAAACUCAUCGCCACUUCCGGUGCGCAACUGCGCUAACAGUAGCGGUCAGUCGUCACCAUCAAGGAGUCCGCCACAGACGGGAGGCUCUGCGCCGACCACAACAUCGUCAUCACCGAUACACUCGACACACGGGUCACCGCAGCGGACAGAUACCGGCGCUACUGUGGCUAAUAGUAGUUAUAAUUAUUCGUUUGGAAGCGUCGGUGGUGGCGAUAAUGUGAGUGAUUUAUACGAGGAUAUCGGCGCCAUUAAGCCGCCGCCCCCUGUCUUGAAGACCACCCCUACGGGCAUCGAAACAGAAGGGGAGGACUCGAAACAAGAAGUCUAUAGUGAUAUCGAAUCGGUCGGCGAUAAUACCAUUCGCGAUGACGAGCCCGACAGCGAUGUCGGCGCCACCGGUGAAGAUACUAAAGAGCUUGUGAUCGAUGACCAACCGAGUGGUGAUCAUCCAGUGAUGGAUACUUUUAAUCAAUCAACUGAUGCAAUAGGAGCUCAAAGUGUGGUCAGUAAUCAACAAAUGGACACAACUAGUGAUGAGACGUCACUAAUAUGUGGCAACAUUUCUUAUGAGACAUCAAUAGACAAAACAUCUGAUUCUCAAAUAGAUGUGCUGUCAUCACAACCACGGCAACAGACACCGGGUGUUAGCACCAGUGGUAGUGAUAAGAGUGUGAAUGUCAGCAAAUUGGCCCAAAAAGUGUCCCAAAAAACAAAUGUGAAAACGGGUGCCAAGAGUGCAAAGCAACGACGACGGCCUUCAAUCAAAGACUUGUUCGGCGAUUCGGAUGAGUCGGACAGCGAUACGGAUGCAGACAUCCGGCGCAUACUGACAGAGCAGGGCUCCAUCAAUGUCCACUAUCCCAUCAAAAUACCCAUUUUCCUCAAGAAUAGUAUCGCCAAAAGUCACACAUUGGACACCACUGGCGGCACACACGACACCAAACCAUCGUCACCUAACCUCAUAGACACCACACCCCCCGUUGAUCUUAAUAAAUGGAUUGCUGUGACCCCUACGGACACUACCGGUGCUGAACGCGCGGCUUCAGCGACGACAAACAAAUGGAAAUCUAUUGAUAGUAGUGUUGCCAUUAGUGGGUUAACCACAGGUGAUAAUAAUGACACUAAUAAAUGGAAACCAAUUGAAGACUUGAGUGAAUCGUGUGCUUCUCCAUUAACUCCUGUCUGUGAGUCCGAUGGUAAUGGUGUGUCCAAUGAUGAUAAGCCAUUGUUAUUGAACAUUGAUAUUGGCGGCGAUCAAAGCAGUGAUAGGUGUUUGACUGUUGAACCUCAAGAUCAUAAGGAUUCAAAUAAUGAUAGUGCGGAACACGUGAUAAGCGAGGGGUUGUCCGCAAGUGCUGUGACCACCGGUGCCACAGAAGUUGGCGACGAAGAGGAGGGAGAAAUCAAGGAAGAGGACGGCCAUAGGGUUAGGCGUUGCAGACACGGACGCAUACGAAGGGAUAAACCAAAAGAGGCCAGUAGUCGCGAUAGGGAGGGCCCCAGACAUAGGUCCCGGAGCAGCGAAUCCAAAGCCAAACUUAAGGAUAGCCGAGACAGAGAGUGCGGUAAUAAGACUAUUGCCUCUCCUGUUAGUAGUGAUGUUGUGUUGAGUAGUCCUCACGGGAAUGUCGACUUUAAAGAGAAGACAUACGAACCCAAGAGCGAUGAGGCGGUGCCGGACGGGGAGGAGAACAGCGCCGGUGGUAUCGGUUGGAAGAAGUUGUCGAACACUACGAAAAUGCGGAGCUAUAGGGACGGCAAGCCUAAGGAUGUGGAGCUGAUGUUCCGCGAACGGGAAGUGAGCAAAAAGUUGGUCAAGAAGUCCAUCGCCAAGAGUGGAGCCAAAGCUGGUAAGGAGUCUGCGGCGGCGGUCAGACAUCGCGCUCACGAACACCGGCUUAAAGACCAGAACCGGGACGUGUCGGCGCCUACCGGCGAAUCGGCGCCCCAUCACUGUCGCAAACACCGGACUUUGGCUGAAACCAGUGAUAAAAGGGCUGACAUUAAGGUCCGAAAUAAGCGUAAAGCCGACGAUAAGAGUGCCGGCGAAGGGGCCGCUCCUCGCAAACGCUCCAAAAGCUCCAGAAGUGGUACUGAAGAAGCGAGUGGUGCCAUAAACGCGCACAGGGAUGAUGACAGACACAAGGCUCACAAACACCAUAAAUCGAGUCGACAUAAACAUAGUUCUGAUCGUAAGGAUGGUUUGUCAACCGGUGCCGGGGCUCACCAUUUGCACCGGUCGUCCAAACACUCGCACCACUCGGCGAAGAGUAAGUCUUCGUCAGCGUCUAACACCGGCGCUGACAGCGAUGUCAUAAUGCAUAUGAUUGGUUCCGGGAGUGGCGCCUCUACUGUGGGCCCCAAUAAAAUACUUCGCGACCACUCCUCUUAUGCGGACAUCACUCCACUCGACUCCAAAGAGAUCUACGCCGAGGGUGAUCGGAUCGUAAUUAACGUCAACUUCAAACGAGACGCCAAUAGUAGUAAUAAAAGUCGGCACCAAAUACAGGACACAGAUUGCGGUGGAGAUACCGGCGCUAACUAUGCAAACAUAAAGACCGGUAAAUUUGUGGAUGAGUUGUCUUCGCAAGCGAAUGCCGGCGCCACCGAAACGGCCAACACAUGCAAACGUUUGUCCAGUAAAAAGGAUGACUCGAUCUACUGGGCCUCACCACCGCCCUCUGCAUCCCAAAUGAUAGGCAGUAGUGGCCAAUCACUGACCACAACCAUUACCCGGGUGUUGGAGCCUUGUGUGGGAGACUUAAAGCACUCGAACCGUAAAUCUGAGGGCAAAGAGAGCCGAUACACAGGCGACGAUUUGCCACGAUUUUUGCCUCGAAGUCUACACCAGUCGGACGUACGACCGGCCCAUACGACUGCCGGAACCGACCAUUCGGAGCGUUCAUACGGCCCGCACACUCCCGAAGGCGAAUACUGUGAGGACCAGUUCAUGCCGACGCCAACUCAGGACGAGUCACUAUCGCCACUCAUAUCAGGAUCGACGUCCCGCUCGAGUCCUAACAGUAGUCGCUCGACCCCUGGCCUCUCGAACGGCACCAAAGACGAUGUCUACGAUCCGGAGGCACCACUACAGAGCCCUCCCCAACACAGUAGUCCUGUGGCGCGCAAGAAGUCGAGACCACCGGACCCUAAGAGUCCAUCGCCCGAACUUCAGCCACCCCUUCGCGUCGAUAAACUGCUCUCAAAGCGUUCACCGCCGGCGCCAUCGCACCGGGACCUCAGACGCCAGCAGUCUGUUCCUGUAAAUGACUCGAAGUCUCCAACAAAGUUUGCGUCUAAAGAGGCUCCGAAGCUAUCGACACCUUUAACCAACUCUUUAUCGGCCAGUCAUUCAUCGAUGCAUUCGUCGCCCUUUAAGUCGCCGUCACUUUUGCCACAAAGACAGCAAAUGAAAGCAUCGCCUCAGAAGUCAGUGUCGCAGACGUCAUCACAACAACAAAAGAGCAGUUCCUCGUCGUCAUCGACACUAAUGCCUCCCCCACUGCCGCCCACCGCACGCCCAGUGGUGUCGGCCGCAGCUUUGGCCGCCAUCGCAACCAAAAUAAAUUCUCAGAAUUUGGCGCAACUCUUAAAAAUGGCUCAAACGCUCAACUCGGCCAAGAAUUCGGCAAAAUUAGGCGCACCCGUCGCCCACCGCCAGCCCUCCCGACACACCCACUCGUCUUCAUCGACAGCCAGUGCCUAUAAUUCGUCCCAAAAUCACAACCAAAGCGGCGCUAAUAAUAUCAGUCAUAAUAGAGAUCACAACGAAGUGGUCGAUAUGGAUGUGGAGAGCCCUUCACCGCCGCAACAGUCGGCGCCAUCACAACAACCUCGCGUGUCGUCCACAACGGGCGGCGGCACCGCCUCCUCCACCACUACGCCAUUAGUGAAGACAUUGUGGGAUCAGAUAAUUAAGUCGACGUCUCACUCGCAAUCGGGUCAGUCAUCACUCCAGAAACGUCUCAACGCCAUCGCUCAGAGCGCCGGCACUCCCAGUGAUCCCAAAAAGCAGAGGCCCGGAGGACAGACGUCCACUUCUGGAGGCGCACAGAAGGACCGACACCAACACCACAGACAUCAAGUGAUAAGUGUGUCGACGGAUGGCAAGAAGCCAUCGGCGGCUACCGGAGGCUCCAAAUUGGAUCAGUUGACUGUUUUAGACGACGUGCCCUCCAGUGCUGUCGAAAUGGCCGUCAAAGAGAAGUUCAUCAAAAAGCUGAACCGACAGGAAAGGGUGAUCGAAGAGGUGAAGCUCGUCCUUAAACCCCAUUACCAGAAGAGGUCCGUUACUAAAGACGAAUACAAAGAGAUUUUACGCAAAUCUGUACCCAAAAUAUGUCACAGUCGUUCGGGUGAAAUAAAUCCCGUCAAAAUCAAGUCUUUAGUCGAGGGUUAUAUCAAACGGUAUAAGUAUAUGAAGAAAAAGUCGAAAAAAUUGCCCAAAAAGUAG